CGUACAUUCAGGUUUAUCAGCAUCACACUGAUCUGAUCAAUCGGUCCAUCCAUCGAUCAACUCCGUAUAACAACCUGUAGACGGUUGUUUUUUUUUAAUAAAAAAAUGGUGCUCGAGCAAGGUUGAGCCGCUAGGAAUUUCUUAGGAACUCAAACUGAACGCCUAGCUAGCGAAGAACUUCCUAUCUGCAUCUGCAGCACAUUUAUAUGGUCAUACUUAAACUAACUACGCAUUUAAUUUGUGCCUUUUGCAAUGUACUAAUAAUUUACCUCUCUAUUUCUCUCCAACUAAAAGACUUGGUGAGAAUUUUAAUGCCUUGACCUAGUUUAUUAGUUGCUUGCUUCCAUAAAGAAACCGAGGUCACUCACUGUCUAUAUAUGUGUACACUUCUUUGUAGUCACUGCACACUGCAGGAAUAUAUAAAGAUUUCUAGUACUUCUCAGUGAACGAUCAUGAAGUGUUCAAGAAUAAAAUGAAAAUUCUCAACAGAGAGAGAGAGAGAGAGAAAGUUUCAAGAAUACUGCAAAGCUAGCAUGGGCGAGAAGGAAUGGUACUUCUUCAGCAUGCGUGACAGGAAAUACCCGACGGGAAUCCGGACGAACCGCGCCACCGACUCAGGCUACUGGAAGACGACCGGCAAAGACAAGGAGAUCUUCCACUGCGGCAGGCUCGCGGGGAUGAAGAAAACCCUAGUCUUCUACAGGGGCAGGGCUCCCAAGGGCCAGAAGACCAGCUGGGUCAUGCACGAGUACAGGCUGCAGAACAAGUUCCCCUACAGACCCAACAAGGAGGAAUGGGUGGUGUGCAGGGUGUUCAAGAAGUGUCAGAUCAUCAAGAUGAGACCGCCACAGGACGACAGCCCCACCAUGGGCUCCCCAUGCCACGACGCCGCCCUGGGCGAGCUCGACGUCUCCUCCAUCCUCGAAGGCUUGGCAGCCGCCGCGGCGCACACAUCAUCCGGCUCCUCGCCGCCGGGCACGCUCCAUCACCUGGGCUCCGCCACCGCCGAGGACAGCUUCGGCGCCCACAGGAUGGAGAUGGACAUGAGCGCGUACAUGAGCUGGAUGGCGGCGGCCAACCACGGCGCCGCAGCGGCCGCGGCCAUGCUUCCCUGGGCCACGACAACGCCGGGAUUGUUCGGCAGUGUCUUCGCGCCGCCCAGCCAGAUGGUGCAGAAGCCGCUUCCGCCCGCCGGGUGCAGCCAACCGCGGGACCUCGGUGGCGUGGUGGCAAACGUCGCAAGCGGUCACCAUGCCAUGUUCGGGAGCUCCGUGGUAAAGAUUGGCAUGGAAUCUGACCAGCAGCAGGCACCGCCGGCGCAGCAGCUGGGAGGGGACGAAUCGACAUGGAGAACAUUCUGAACUGAUGACCAUCGCCACACAAAAAAGACUAUUACUACGUACUACGCCAGAUCGAUCAACUUAAUUAGUUGUAUGGACUUGUGGUCAAUACCCAUUAAUAUAUAUACUUGUAGGGGUAUAUAGGGGGUAUUCUAGGUGAUAUGGGACAAAUAAACCCAUAUUCAAGGUGCAUGCUAUAUAUGUUGAAAUGGGACAAACCCAUUAUUAGGUCAAAAAAACAAGUCAAGUUUCACUAAACAAGUGAAUGUGUCCUGUUGAUGUGUGUACUAUGUUUUGUAAGGAAAAAACAAUAUUAUAUGAUUGGUCGAUUUAUUUU